AAUUGAGGAUUUACUUUACUUCAAAUACUCAAACCAUAUUACAAUUAAUAUUUACAAUUAAAUUUGAUCAUGGCAACUACCAAAGAAACGGGCAUCGGCACCGAUCCUGAGACUGUUGAGCUAACACAAUUAAAUAAAGUGGAUAAAAAUGAAUUGAAGCAGCUCUUGCAGCAGCGCUUAAGCGAAUGCGGAUGGCGCAAGGAUGUGGAGCAGAGAAUUCGCAACACCUUGCAACAGCGUGGCGUAACCAAUGUCUCCUAUGACCAGCUCUCGGCUGAGAUAAUGCCGCAAGCACGUGCUGCGGUGCCAGCGGCAGUACGCCAGGAGCUUGCCAAGCGUGUGAGCGAGUCCUUGGCAAAAUAAAUAUGUUACUUGCGUUUCAGUUGGCGUUAAAUAAACAAUUCGCAAUAAAGAUAUUCAAGCUACUAUUAAGAAUUACUGUGAGUAAAUUGCUAUUUAAGACUCUACCAAGCGCUUGAGGCUGAUUCAAACAUAGAAUGUUAUUUGUUGCUGUAUUUUUAUAUUUUGAAAAUACCAGGAACGCCUCUCGCUCGCUCGCCGAAAUCCAUUUGCCAGGCAUUGCAUGCAAAAAUGUGGCUGGCAACAACAACAACAACAGCAUCAAGAGCUGGGCAUAAGUAGCAACAUUUGGGCAACCAAGUAACGGCUCCAAGCUUUGCAUUUACCGCGGCUGC